AAAAUAUCAUAAACAUCAAUAAUGAAAAAUCAUAGGUAGAUAUCACAAUUUAUAUAGUUACCUCUUGUGUAUGUUGAUGUGUGUUUCAAGUAUGAAACCAAACAAAAAGAUGGUCUCCUUGUUUUACGACGAAUGCUAAAUUAGUUAUAAUUAGUAGUUUAGUAGUACUACUACUAUUUUCUUUAAUUAAAGAUUAGUGUAAUUGUAACUUUUAAGUAUAAUUAAUUAAGACAAUCGAGGUAAUGAGAUUCCAAACGUGAAUCCAGCCAUAAAAUCUCUUUUUUAAAACAGUCUUCUUCACUUCACUUCUCUGCUCUGCUCUUGCCUCUGUCUCUUUCUUCUUCUUCUUCUUCUUCUCAUUAAAAGCUGAACACAAAGAUCUAUUCUUUCACUAACACAUUACCAGUUUCUGCAUUUGUAUUAUAUCCUUUUCUAAAACUUUUAACCAUUCUUUCUCCAUUCCCAGUUCUUAGAAAGAGUCAAGAGCAAUGAGGAAGCUUUUCUUGUUAGGGUUUAUAGUUGCAGGACUGGUUCUUGGGAAUGAGGCAAAUGGGUAUUUAGAGUUCAAUGUCACUGAAUUAGAUCGCAUUGAGGAUUUAGAGUUUGGUUUCUCCAAAUUUAGUUCCAAUUUCAAUCCAUUAAUGGUUGGUCUCACACUUAUCAGAGGAGCUGGUUCUAAAGGAGCUGUUUGUUUGGAUGGUACAUUGCCUGGAUAUCACUUACAUCGUGGACAUGGAUCUGGAGCCAAUAGCUGGUUAAUUCAAUUAGAGGUUAGCGAAAGAAGUUUCUGUUUUUAGUAAUGUUUGUUACUAAAAUUUUUUUGAAUGGUGUGUUGAAAUUGGAAAUGUGGAAAGGGAGGAGGAUGGUGUGACAACAUUAGGAACUGUGUAUACCGAAAGAAGUCGCGUCGCGGAUCUUCUAACUAUAUGGAGAAACAAAUACAGUUUACAGGAAUACUUAGCAAUAAAGCUCAAGAAAAUCCAGACUUUUUCAACUGGAAUCGAGUUAAGCUUCGUUACUGCGAUGGUGGUUCCUUCAGUGGAGAUAGUCAGAACAAGGCUGCACGGCUUCAGUUUAGAGGAGAGAAGAUAUGGAGAGCCGCAAUGGACGAUUUGAAGGCAAAGGGAAUGCGAAAUGCGAAACAGGCACUUCUAUCUGGUUGCUCUGCAGGUGGUCUAGCAGUUAUUUUACGCUGUGACGAAUUCAGAAACUUGUUUUCUGGAUGGACCAGAGUUAAAUGCUUAAGUGAUGCAGGCUUGUUCUUGGACACGCCUGAUGUAUCCGGUGGACACACUAUAAGGAAUUUAUAUAACGGCGUUGUGCAGUUGCAGGGAGUGAAGAACAAUUUGCCACAUUUAUGCACUAACCAUCUCAAUCCAACCUCUUGUUUCUUCCCUCAAAACUUGAUCAGUCAGAUGAAAACUCCUCUUUUCAUUGUCAAUGCAGCAUAUGAUAUUUGGCAGAUUCAAAGCAGUAUCGCUCCGCCGAGUGCAGAUCCUAGUGGUUAUUGGCAUGAAUGCAGAUUAAACCACGGUAGAUGCACUCCGGCGCAGAUACGGUUCUUGCAAGGGUUUAGAAACCAAAUGUUGAGAGCUGUGAGUGGUUUCUCGAAUUCGAAAAAGAACGGUUUGUUCAUCAAUUCUUGCUUUGCUCAUUGCCAAACCGAAAGGCAAGACACUUGGUUCGCCGAUGAUUCUCCUGUUAUACACAAAAAGGCGGUGGCGAUAGCGGUUGGAGAUUGGUAUUUCGAUAGAGCUGAAGUGAAGCUAAUAGAUUGUCCAUACCCGUGUGAUAGGAGCUGUCACAAUCUGGUCUUCAGAUGAAUGAUCUUCACAUUCUUUCUUUUAAUAUACGAAGUAGAAGUGAAAAAUAAGCUUUGUCCAUUUCUUUCAUAUCUCAAUGACAUUUUGCUGCAUUCGUAUCCAUUUGUACGUACCAGUUCUUACAUUUGGAGGGAAAAAAAUAGAAUUUCUUUGUAAGAAGUUAAUUUGAUGAUAACUCUAUAUGUCAAUCUGAACAAUCCGAAACAGUAAUGUGGCUAAUAUGAAUUUAGUCGAAUUAUUUUUGUUAAAGUGAAUAUCGG